GAAGGUACACACUGCCUUAGAUUCAGUCUUCACUCAAACUUAAUUUUGACUAACAAUUAAAUGAAGGUUUUCCUUUCUUUUUUUAAUAAACACACUUUUACAAUGUCCGAAAUCAUCAAAGUUUACUUACCAAUUUAUGAUUGUGACUAAAAGCCAGCUGUUGCUGCAAUGCAUUUGUAAGUUAAGGGCAAAAAUAAAUGGCUUUGUAGUCCAUAUCUUUCUUAAUAAUCUGGAAUAUGCACAUGUAGUUCUUCUUGUUACUUCACUGUUUUUAGCAUGCCUUAUUAUGCUUUUGUGACUGCAAAACUGGCACAGAGACAGAUGGAGCUUCAUUAUAACUAAUUGUGUUAAUAUUUUGACACUUAGUGGAUUCUAUUGACCAGGGCACUUUGCACAAUUAAUAUUUUACAAUGGAAAAUGAAAAUUUAUAUCGCCUAAGAAAUGUUCACUGAUGUAUUAAUACAUGUACCGGGAAGAUUCCUGAAUGCCUGCUGAAAAAAGAAAAAAAAAUUCUGAGGAAGUGGAAUUCUUUGUCCCUGUGCUGGGUUUGAAUGUGUCCUGUCCUGGCAGCUCUAUAGUCUCCUGUGCUAACCCUGAACCCAGCAUGGAGGAAGUUCUACCCCACUGAGAACGUGACUCUCAAAUGUGAGAUUCAGUCCCCUCAGACUGGGUGGAGUUCUCUGUGGCGCAAAGAAGAUAACUCUUCUAUCAGUCUUUUCGCCAGAGUGAAAAUGAGUACACAAUCCCACCUCUAGGUCAGUCACACAGUGGAAGAUACUCCUGCCAAGGGAGAAAUCCAAGAAGAGCUGACACUGAAAAGAGCAAUGAUGUGACACUGACUGUAGAUGCUUUCCCACCCGUGGUUCUAACUCUACAGACUGGAUGGACAAGCAUCUUUAACAGAGAGAGAGCGGCUCUGCACUGUGACAUUCAGGACCGUUCUCCUGUGUGGAUGCAUAAAUGGUACAGAGAUGGACAAGAACUUCCUGUGGGCAUGAAUGAGGACACCUAUGAGAUCCUGUCUGCUGUUCAGUCAGACGCGGGAACAUACACAUGUCAAGGACAGCAUAAGGAAAGAGUACUGUACACUGGCAGCAGCAGUACAGUUGCACUCAAAGUUUCUGGGGAGGCCCCCAAACCCCUGCUGACUCUGGACCCCCCCAGUGGAGAGAUCUUCACAGGAGAUACAGUAACCCUGAGCUGCAGGGUUGGCACAGAUCCUGUUGGCUGGGAGUAUCUCUGGUUCAAAGAAACACAGGGAACAGCACUGACCAGCACUGACUCCAGCAGCACUGACGGGUCCAGUUACACCAUCCACGCUGCUGCAGUUUCACAUGGUGGAGAGUACUGGUGCAGAGCAAGGAGAGGGAGCCUCGCUUUCUACACACCGUACAGUGACUCUCUCCAGUUCAACAUAACUGCUCGUCCUCAGGCUGUGCUGACUCUGGAGACUGCAUGGACAGAGAUCUUCAGGUCAGACAGUCUGACUCUGAGGUGUCAGGUUGAGGGGAGCUCUGCUAAAUGGAACUACACGUGGUACAGAGAUGGACGGCAUCUUCCACUGGACCCCAGCGGGGAUAGACUCACACUUGCCGCUGGAAACAACUCUUACAGCAGUGAAUAUGAAUGCAGAGGAAACAGAGCAGGCCAACCGUCUUACACAGAGAUCAGCGAAGGAUUUAGAGCAAACAACAUUGUGGAGAACCUAGCACGGAUCGCUGUGGGGGCGGCCAUCUUGCUCUUCCUGUCCGUCAUUGUGAACGAAGGCUUUUGGAGGAGGGUGAGGAAGAUGAGGAGGUGCUGCAUUUGAGCCAACGAUUGUCCCUGUCAUGGAGAAGAAAACUUGGCUGCAAUACUGCAAAUUACCCAGUUAUUGUGCAGAGAAUAUUUUAAGAGCACCCAGAAAUACUCUCAGAGAAAUUAUUUGUACACAGUAUAAGUUCCAGUGUUAACUCAACGCUUAACAGAUAACAUUUGGCCCAACAUUCCAGAGUGGGACCAAAUGUUAUCUGUUAAGAGGUGCAUUAACACUGUUACAGCUGAAUUCACACUGGACACUGUGCAGCUUGCAAUAAAUGCUUGUACUUUCAGCUUGAAAUUUAUUGUAAUGAAAAAAAAAAACAAAUACAUGUCUAUGCUUGUAAGUAAGUCUAGCAAACCUUUCUAUUUUUCUAAGCUUACACAAAUACAAUACCCCUUAGAAAUCUAUAAAUGUAUGUCCAAUAUAAAUAGCUUUCCCAGGGUUUUUAAUAGUACUGUCCUGGGUGAAAUGGUGGUGGAUUCCAGUGUUAGGUCAAAUACAUUUUGAUACAAAUGUUUUAGCAACAUUUUCCACUCUUUCACUGUUUCUUAAUGUUGUUCUGGGUGGUUUAGUCCUAGUGCCACAAUGUUGGAAAGUAUUCAUUCGAGCUGGCACUCAACAUUAUGACUCAGGUACUACUUACUGUCACGACUGAAUCAUUAAUCUUCCUAAGUUCUGGGAGUGUUGCUGCAUAAAUGAGCUCGAAAACCAGUUUGUCUUCAGGACCAAAUCUGAGAAUCUCCUGUUGGGCUUAACCUCCUGAACACGUAUGGCCUUCUGUUCUGUAUUUUUACAGCCUUCUUUGUGUAUUUCAUUGAUAUACCAGUAAUCAUUAUUUGUUAAUAUAAAGUCAUUGUCUUAUAGAAAUUAUAUCAUGUGGGGUAAGAUAUACGCACACACUGUAUUUAAAUCUUCAAAACAAGUUUAACGAUGCAAACAUUCCAAAUUCCGAAGGUGUCGGUUUCUCAGGUAUUGCUGUUGGUGAAGGUCUUUGUAGGCCUUCCUUUGUGGGUAUUGCCUAUGUGUGUUUCAUACUACAUUUCACCAUCAAUGGGUACUUUUUAAAUUAUUUAAAAAAAUUUUUUAAACAUUGCCCAUUUUUUUAAACUAUGGGAUUAAAUCUUGCAUUCAGGUGUUGUAAAACAUUCAGAUGAGACUGUGUUCUUUUGAUCUGGAAGGAAAAGGGGAAAAAACCAAGGUGGGAUAUUGCAUACUUUUAUUUAGUAUUUGGAAACACAAAGAGAAUUUUACAGAACGCAUUUACUCAUCGUUGCACCUGUUAGCUCCCCACCUCUUUGUAACUGCUGCUUGCCUAAAAUUCUGACGCAACACAUUUUUUUCUGUGUCCUUUGUUUCAUCCUAUAUAUUAUCCUUGCUAAUGCUAGUUUUAAAGCACCUUUGUAUGUAUUGUAUGAAAAAACAUUUUUGACACAUACCUUCUUGACUUUGUUCUCAAUCACUUUUACAUGGUAAAAUGAAAGUUACAUUUUAAAUAAAUAAGCCCUCUUUUUUCAA